AUGGCCACACGACAAGCAGCAAAGACCACCUUCGAGGUUGGAAAUGUUAUACAGCCCAUCUAUACCGGAGGAUCUGUUGCGCUCGAAAAUGGCGCCAGAAUCCUCGCCUCGACACUAGGCGAAAACGCGGUGCUCACCGAAUUGACGACUGGAAAGAACCUGGCCGAGAUUGAAGGAGAUGGCGAACCCAUUUCGACCCUGGCCAUUACGCCUUCGGGGUCGCACUUGAUUGUGUGCUCCCGGUCGCUGACGAUGCGAAUCUACGCCCUCACAGUCUCCCCAGAAUUCGACUCGAUCGAAACGACACUCGUCCGAACCUCGAAGCCACAUGCCACCCCUGUGGUUGUGCUGGCCGUCGACAGAACAAGCACAUUGUUGGCUACUGGUGCUGCCGAUGGCGCCAUCAAGAUUUGGGAUAUUGUUGGAGGAUAUGUAACCCACACCGUCAGCGGACCGAGUGUUCUCAUUUCAGCCCUGCACUUUUUCGAGAUCGCCGCGACCGCUGCCGACACCACAAUCGACCGAAGGCCCAAGAAGGGCUCGCGAAAGAACGACCAGGAUGACGGCACCAACGGUGUCGACUCCAAGUUUCGGCUGGCCUGGGGCACACAAGACGGCAAGGUCCGCAUCUUCGAUCUUCACAAACGUACCGCGACUCCCGUAUACUCCGAUGCGAAAAGGAAAAGGGAGGCGCACGAGUCUAAUGUUCAGAGCAUCGACUACUCGCCCGAGCAGCAUGCUUUGCUCACAGGCAGCAGAGAUAAGACGAUGACGAUGUGGCUUUGGGGGGAGAAUGGCUGGCAGGGAACGCCAAUGCUGCGGCACGAGUUGGUGGAAUCUGUAGGGUUCUUGAAUGAAGGGAAGUGGAUGUACUCAGCCGGAGAGAGCGGUCUCUUGCGGAUAUGGGACUCAACUACACACCAGGAAAUCACUGCGAAACAAGACCCCAAGGCGGAUGGCGAGGCUAUUCUUUCAACCGUCUACUUGCCAGAGAAGUCCUUGAUUGUGUGCGCCCAAGCCGACUACACACUCGCCCUCUAUCAGGUCCCGAAAGCAGAAGAUAUCAGUGCGAGUGCGGGAGAGUUCUUCUGGGAGCCGUUUAGACGGAUAUCCGGCACACACGACGAAAUCUACGACUUGGUCUACCUUCUACGAGAUCAGUCCAUGAUGGCACUUGCGACGAACUCGGAGGAUAUUAGGAUAGUAUCUGUCAAAACAGAUGGCGGGGAGGAGGGCGGUUCCUAUUUCGGGCACGACGUUGCCUUGCUCAAGGGACAUGAGGAUCUCGUCAUGUCACUGGAUGUGGAUUGGUCUGGUCACUGGGUGGCCAGUGGAGCAAAAGAUAACACAGCCAGAAUAUGGAGGGUUGAUUCUGCCAACAAUUCUUUUGAGUGUUAUGCUACCUUCACUGGUCACCUGGAGUCGGUGGGAGCAGUGUCUUUGCCCAAGGUUGCUCCUCCGGAAGACUCUGAGGCGUUCAAGAACCCUCUCGACCACCCUCCAGCAUUCCUGAUUUCCGGUUCCCAGGACAGAUUUGUCCAGAAGCGACUUAUUCCCCGACCAUCACAACCGUUCAAAGAGACAACUAGUCUCAGGAGAUUGGCGCACGAGAAAGACAUCAACGCCCUGGAUAUCAACCCAUCCGGAAAGUUAUUCGCUUCUGCGUCACAGGACAAAACGGUCAAGAUUUGGGACACAGAAAGGCUCGAGGUGCAGGGUAUCCUCAAGGGCCACAAGAGAGGUGUAUGGGCGGUCAAGUUUGCUCCCCUCCAUACUCCAGCCAUCCAAGGCGAGACAGGUGGUGCUGUCUCUGGAAAGGGUGUCAUCGUCACUGGCAGUGGUGACAAGACUAUCAAGCUGUGGAAUCUUUCUGACUACACGUGUCUUCGCACCUUUGAAGGACACUCCCACAACGUUCUGAAAGUGGUGUGGUUGCACAUCCCCACAGUCGAGGAGGAUCCCAGCAGAAAAAAUGUCCAUUUCGCUUCCGCUGGCGCUGACAGUCUCGUCAAGAUCUGGGACGCCAACACGGGCGAAACAGAAUGCACCCUUGACAACCACGAAGACAGACUGUGGACCUUGGCCGUGCACCCGAAAAGCAACACGAUUGUCUCGGCUGGCUCCGACUCCAAGAUUACCUUCUGGAAGGACACCACAUCCGAAACCCAGACCGCCGCCACCGAAGCCGCCACCCGGCUUGUUGAGCAGGAGCAGGAGUUGGAGAACUACAUCCAUAUCGGUGCCUACAGAGAUGCCAUCGUCUUGGCUCUCCAGCUCAACCACCCAGGCCGCCUGCUCAAGCUUUUCACCAACGUUGUCACCUCGCCUACUCCUGAAGCGGGUAGCUUCACCGGGCUGAGAGCUGUCGACCAGGUUCUUGCUAGCUUGUCAGAUGAGCAGCUGUUCCUUUUGUUGCUGAGGUUACGAGACUGGAACACAAACGCGCGCACGGCACCUGUUGCGCAGCGGAUUCUCUCCGCGCUGGUGAGGAGCUAUCCGGCUGAUAAGUUCUCGGGCUUGAGCGUCAAGGGAGCGAGGGGGCAGAAGAGCUUGAAGGAGGUGCUUAAUGCGCUAAAGGUCUACACGGAGAGACAUUACAAGAGGAUGGAGGAGCUGGUGGAUGAGAGUUAUUUGGUGGAGUAUACCUUGAGAGAGAUGGAUGCUCUGGCGCCGUCGCUGAAGGCGGUGAAGGAGGAUGGGGAGGGGGAUGUGGACAUGAUUGAGGUGUAA